CAUGUUGAUGGAGUCUAUGCUAAUCCCGAUAUCUUGGCAAUAUAUCUCUCCGUUUUGGGCUGCCUUCUCCUAUAUCUCUCGUCUUGCCGAUUUCAAGAUUUAUUGUCUUCCAGGCGGCGGACUGCGAUUUUGAUUUGUUGUUCGCUUUACUGGAGUUUCAAUCGAAUUGGUUUCAGUAAUUUGAAGAAGGUUGAAGAUGUCAGACCCUUGGGGUUGGUUUCGUCGUUUGGGACACAUGUACAUGUUCAUGAGUUCGGGGUUAGGUAGUGGUGCUGGUGGCUGGAGAGUUUGCGGUGCAUAACCGCAUGGGUUAAGAAGGGGUAGUACAAGGUGGGGGGUUUCCAAAUUCCGUGGUUUCUAGAUUUAUGGUGCCUGCUUACCUCAUCCUUUCGAAUAAGUAGAGACAGAUCAAUGGCCUGUUGCACAAGGUAAUCGAUCAUUAAGGUGCACUGGAUUUGGACUAAGUGUUGCAGCUGGAUUGCUAGGGGCUUGUAUGCCUGCUGAAAUUGUAGCAUUGUUUGUUGGGAUAUGCACUGAAGGCCCUGGUUCGGUAAGUUUUCUAUGAACCUUUCAUGUAACAUAUGAUCACUGUUCUUUGGGCUACUAUGUUUAUACGUUGUAGUGGAAUUAUCUUUCAAUUUUUGUAAGAGUUAUGAAAAAAAUUAUUUAUGUUUAGGUUGAAUCUAAGCUUCUAUUAUUAGUUUCUGGUUUCUUGUAGAUUGUAUUAAAAGAUCUCUCAGAUCUUGUACGUUCACAUAAAGAUCUUGAUAAAGAUGCAACACCAUAUUUUAGUUCUCAUGGCCGGUUAGUUUUCCUUUUGAUUUGUUCUUUUUCUCUUUUCAAUGCUUUUUAAUUUUCCCCCUUUUAACAACUUCUAGCUGUUUUGAAUUAAUUUCAAAAUAUUACGACCUACGAUAACAUGUGCUAUCAUUUUGGUAUGAAAUGAAUAGUUGUUGCACUUUGAGUUGGUAUAUGGUGGAGAAUUAUGCUACAAUUUAUAAAUGAAUCUUUGGAUUUGUGUAUUACGCAUUUUCUUAUUUUCCUUUGAGUAGUUCUUUAGAGUAAGAUGGAUAGGUUUAUGUAUAUGACUUCUGUAACACCGUGAGACAAAAAUUUGCCAGCGAGAU